GCCAACGGUCUAUGACUUAUAAAGAGCUCUAUUCUUGCGAAAAAAAAAAAUUAACCGAAGGAAAAAAUGAAAGUAACUAGCGGAAAAACGGUUUUGAAUGAGGAACUUCUCUCGAUGUCUCUAGAUGAUUACUACCUUAAGAAUGUGAGGAAGACGAGUUUUGUGCCCAGUCGUUCUGGACCGAAUUCUUCGCAACCCUCACUUUACCAGCGAACGCAUUUCUUUGGUCCUGCCUACCGAAACACUCCGUCGUCCCUGCUUAACCUGCGGGUGGAUUACCUGCGGCGCCAUCUAAAGGACCUCACGGUCGUGGUGGACUCCAAGGGCCUGGUGGGCUCUGCUCAGAAACGGCUGGACGUGAUCACGAAGCGCCUGGCUCAGGUAGCUCCGAUGUCUCCGAUGCCGCCGAUGCCUCCGAUACCUCCGAUGCCUCCGAUGUCUCCGAGACCCUCUCCUGGCCAGGAUCCGCAGGGUACCAAGGGUACUGAGCACCUGGCUCAGGAAACUCCGAAGUCUCCGAUGCCGCCAAUGCCUCCGAUACCUCCGAUACCUCCGAUGUCUCCGAGGCCCUCUCCUGACCAGGAUCCGCCGGGUGCCAAGGAAGCUCAGGUGCCCCAAGAUACCCAGAUUGCCCAGGAUUGUGAGGAUACCCUGGUCCUCACCAUCGGCGACGAGGUACUCUACGACGAAGCCUACAAAACGGACACUCUCUGGAUGCCCCUGGAUGAUAGCAAAUAAAUAUCUUGAUAUCCCAACGAAUCCUAGCCCAUUGGCUCCUCCAAAACUCCGG